GCAACGCUCCAUUCAGCUGCACUUCCUGGUUCGGUUUGUUGUGUUUUUCUGGGUUAAUCAUGGCUGCAGAGGGCGAUUUUCUGGCGAGAUACCGUGCUGUGUCAAAUAAACUAAAGAAACGUUUUCUCCGGAAACCCAAUGUAGCGGAGGCGAGUGAGCAGUUUGGUCAGUUAGCAAAGGAGCUGAAGCAGCAGGACUGCCUUCAGUAUGCGGCUUUCUGUAACCUGGCCAUGGCUCGGUGUGAGCAGACUCUCUUUAACGCUCCUGGAGAGGCGCUGGCCCUCACCGACGCUGCCCGCCUGUUCCUCACGUCUGAGAAGGAGAACCGGGCGCUGCAGGCCCCGGGCUUCGACGAGCAUCUCCAGGCUGCUCUCAACUGCUACAGUUUUGCCAUCAAGGUGCACAUUGAGAUGAACCAGCCUGUGAUGGCAGCCAGCCUGAGUCUAGAACUGGGCAACGCACUGAAGGAGAUGAACAGACCCGGGGAGGCUAUCGUUCAUUACCAGAGGGCUGCAGAGCUGCAGACACAGACGCCCAUUGAAGCGCUGCUGUCAAUGGGAGAAAUGGCUACGUGUAAAAUACUAACACGUGACUACGACGGUGCUCUGUCAGUGUUCACAGAGAUGCAGCUGACGUGCCAGGAGAGAGGACUGCAGCUUCCAGGCAUCAGCACCCCCGUUGGUGCUUUUUUGGACAUUGUGGCAAAAUGUGAGGUCUCCAGAGUACUGCUGCUGAUGUUGCUUGAGCCUCCGCCUCAGAAGCUGUUACCAGAACAUGCCCAGACCCUGGAGAGGUACGCGUGGGAGUCCUUCGACCCUCACAGCCAAGUGACCUUCCUGCCUGAGAAUGUUUUCCUGCUCCUGCAGUCUGUGGUGAUGGCGUGUCAGGAGAAAGACACAGAGUCCCUCAAGUCUCUUCAGACUGAGCUAUGGCCCUUUCUGAGUGCUGAGCAGAACCAUCUUCUCCAUCUGGUGGUUCAGGAGCGCAUCACGCCGUCUGGCCAAGGCAUUUAGUGCAGUCAAGGUUUUACUCACUUCCUCUGGGAGCGAUACUUUAUAUAACGGAACAUUCCUGUUUCUGACUGGGUCUGUUGUAAGACCUGAGGAAGAUUUGCUUACAAAACCUCAAUGUUGUAACUUGCAGAAAUGAUUGCGAUGCGAAACUUUUGACCUUAUUAAGGAGUCUGUGAAAAUCAAAUAGCAUUUUCAAGAAGUGUUUUUUAUUUAGGAUGCUAAUUUCAGUUAGUUUAAAUUAAUUUUAAUAUAAUAUUGUGUCUUGUGUGUUAUGGCUACUGAAUUGAUCCAUAUUUAUUAUGUAACAGUGACUUUGUUGCAUUAAUAGCAGUUAAAAUGAAACAUGAAGGCUUUGUGUUAUGAUUUGUUUUAUUAAUAAAUGAUAUGGCUUAAAUUCCAAUGUAAUUACAAACACACAAACCUAUUGCAUAGUUUUGAAUUAUGGUGAAAUGAAACACCAUUGUCCUCCAUCCCUUGUUGACUUGUACAAAUUGCAUGUACCUUUCUUAUGAUAGCAGCCAACCACAGACACGAAAUCAACCAAAAACACUCAAUACAAAAUGUUACAAAAAUAUAAUGGUUACAAUGUACAUAAAACAAAAAGAUACACUAUACUUCAUCAGUUGUAAAAUAAGGAUACAUGAUUAAACUUGUACUGUGUA